GUGACGUGAAGCGUGGACUGGUUCACUAAGCUGAGAGUUUUCUUCCAGCGCAACAAGAGAAGUUUUGGAGCAAUAUAUUUGUUGUUAUUAUUUGAACACACAUUAAGAAUUUGAGGGUAAAUUAUCCCGUCUUACCUUUAAAUUGUUGAAUUAACUCUAUUUUUUUUUUUAACAUAUCUUUUAUUUUCUUAAAAACAUACAUCUUUUUUAUUUUUUAUGGUUUUCGUGGCGUUCGCUUCAGUAUCGAUGUGUUCGCUUGACGUCCGCGCGCUGCCUCUCAUUCAUGCGGCGGACUCGAGGAUACAAUGAAGCAUGUGUCCUUGCGCGAGACAAUGCAGCUGCGGCAGCGAGAUGCUUCGCGGAGACGAUGCCGUUUCUCACAGGAUCAUCAGCCCUGGAGCUUUUAUCUGCUCGACUGCAGCUAAAGACAGAACAUGAGAGAAAGAGAGAGAAAGAGAGCCACGAAAAGAAUGACGCGUUAACCUCCGCAUGACAAGCUAUGACAAGCACAUAGACCAGAGCAGACGUCCAAGAGCAAAGACAGGACUCAAGAAUGAAGACCAAAUAUGCCAUCGUCUUCAUCUGUAUCAUUGCCCUGGUCAUCAUAGAAAAGGAGAGCAAUAUCCUGUCAAGGGUCUCAGAUAAGAUAAUCCAGAGGCAGACUCCUCAGCCGAGCCAACAGAUCCCACUGGAUUACAGCAACGCGACACAAAAUGGCUCCAUGGCCGUUCUCAAAAUGCUACUUUCUAAAUUGACUGGCGCUAAAGGGAACUACUCGGGUUUUUCCGAUGAAGCGGAGGACGAGCUCGGUGAUCUAGGCAUGAACGGCGGCGGCCGUAAGCAUAUACUUCUCUUGGCCACCACACGAACUGGUUCCUCGUUUGUGGGCGAGUUUUUCAACCAGCACGGGGAGAACAUGUUCUAUCUGUUUGAGCCCCUGUGGCACGUGGAGCGCAUGCUGGCGGUGGCCGCGGAGGCAAACAACGGCACGGUGAUGUCGGGAAUCUACCGGGAUGUAAUCCAGGGACUCUUCCGCUGCGAUUUCUCUGGUCUUGAGAAGUUCAUCUCUCCUCCACCUGAGGACCAUGUCACCGCAGCUCUUUUCCGCAGAGAGUCUAGUUUAUCGCUCUGCGAAGAAUCGGUCUGCUCCCCUGUAAUCAAAGAUGUGUUUGAGAGGUAUCACUGUAAGACUCGCCACUGUGGGCCUCUGAACCUGACCCUUGCGUCUGAAUCCUGCCUUUCCAAGCAACACCAUGCCAUUAAGACCGUCCGUGUUCGCCAGCUGGACACUUUGAGGCCUUUGGUGGAGGAUCCUCACCUGGAUGUGAGAGUGAUCCAGCUCGUUCGAGAUCCACGGGCGAUCUUGGCGUCUCGCAUGGUGGCGUUCUCCUCCAAGUACCAGACGUGGAAGACCUGGGCAAAGGGCGGCCAGGUGCCCGAAGAUGACGAGGAGGUGAAGAGGCUCAAAGGAAACUGUGACCAAAUCAGGUUGUCCGCAGAGGUGGGACUGAGCCAACCUCAUUGGCUGAGGAACCGCUACAUGUUAGUGCGCUAUGAGGAUAUUGCGCGCUACCCGAUGCAGAAGGCAGAGGAUAUGUACAGGUUCACAGGGAUACCAUUUAGUCCCCAAGCCAGGGAGUGGAUUCUGAGGAACACGCAGACCACACAGGGAGCCCGCGGGAUUUACUCCACCCAGAGGAACUCAUCAGAGCAAGCUGACAAAUGGAGGUUUAGCAUUCCCUUUACUCUGGCUCAGGUAGUGCAGAGAGUGUGCGAACCCACCAUGAAGCUGUUUGGGUACAGGUUUGUGUAUGAUGAAAUGUCACUCAUGAACAGGUCCAUCAGUUUGCUUGAGGACAGACUGUUUCAGUAGUUUUUAAUACGCGGAACUCUGCACGCGACGGCCCAAAGCCAUUAUUGCACAGACCAAAACUAGUCAGAAAAGGUACCAAGAGACGCACGAUGGCUAAUUAAUGGCUAAUGUAUUUAGGGUCAUACGUAAUGUGUUCAUACUCACCAAUGAUGUGCCUCAUUGAAACAAUGAAGAGCCACUUGAUGUGGGAAAGUAUUUAUUUCUAUACUGAGUUUAUUUAAGUACUCACACGGUACUGGUGUUUAAGAGUGUAUUAUAAACUCUGUGUUUCAUUGACAUGAGAACAUCUAAGAUAACAGAUUGCUGGGGAUUAUUUUACAAAGGUUUUUUUUCCUAUCAGAUGACUAUCUUUUAGACUUUCAGGGAUUAAAAAAAAAGUGCAAAAGUGAUGUGAAGAUGAUGUGAUGUGAAAGUAAUGAUAUUGUGAGUGUUUCUCCUCUUAGUGCUUAAUACUGCUUAGUUCGACCAGACUGAUAUAAUUACUUUAGAUGAGAUAAGACCUGACGUGUGUGGAUAAGGCUUUACAAAACUGACUCAGGUAAAGAGAAAGUUUAAUAUCCUGGUGUCUUCAUGAGGCGUAGUCACAUCGUCCUCACAGUAGACUGUGUAUGUGAAAAUACAGUAUAAUCUCAGUAUGAUGUCUUUAACAAAAAUGCCAUUUAAAGAAGUUCUCUUUUGAUGUGACUCACGUGAACCCACCAGAAACGGGCCAAUAAGGACGGAUAUAGAGUGGAUAUAUAUAUAGUAGGUCAAAUGAAAAGUGGAAACACUCUAGAAAAAAUACCUCAGAUACCUACAUGUGUCUUCAUCAGUCAAGUGCUGUUGUUUCCCCAGUAGCUUCUCAUUUUAAUGUAUUUCAGUGCAUUUUCUGCUUCUCUGGUCACAAACCUGCUUCGCCUACACAGGCCACUCACAAUUGAAAGGUGCUGGCGAACCAGAGCUGAUCCAUUUGUGUUGGCUCAUUGAAACAAAAACAACAUUACUGUGAAUGGAGUUUUUUUUAAAAUUUGUAUUACUUCCCAACUUAAAAGAAAACACACAACAUGAUCAAUGAUGAGGGUUUUUCUUAACUGUAUGUAUGUAACUGUAUUAUGUGGCCUAUCACUUUGAGUUAAAACCAGGUGCUGUUGCAUUAACUGUCACUCUUGAUGGUAUAUAAAGGUGUCCACUGUGACUCUGCAUCAAUAGCAGCAUUGUGUUCAGCUUGGCUGAGGUACUGCUGAAAUGACUGUGCCACUCUUGGGGAAAAAGGGGGAUAUCCGUAGAUGUGCAUAAUAUAGUAGUGGGCUUAUGCUGCUUUAGUUUUGAAAGCAUAAAUAUUAAUAUACUGGCAGGUUUUGAGUUGCCCCAGUUUGACUACUUGAGUGUUCAAGCCAAAAAAGAAUACUGUGAAAGACCAACUGCAACAAUGGGUGUAGUCAGUGUGCAUAUUCACAACUGCUUCAGAUAUAGAGAGUGGCGAUAAGGUUUUAAGGAGUCAGCGCUGUUUUGCAGUUAUUCCUGUGUCAUAGAGUCAUAUUAUACAGUACAGUGUGAAAGUCUCAGGGCAACACCAGCUUUGUUGGUUUUAUGUUCUGUGACCAUUGGCAUUUGGAUUGGAACGAUGUGACUGAACGUUCUGUUAGCAAUCAACUCGUGUGUGUAAUGCUCGAAUAAACUUGGUGGAAUAGACCACUCCAGUUUUAAGAGAGCCAGUGUAAGUGUAGGUCACAUGAAAUACUUUCUUUGUAUUUGUAUAUGUUUCACCCCCUAUUUUAUGGAUGUGUUCAAAUUAAGUGAUAGAGAAAUAAAUGUUGUACUUUAUGGUCAUUAUAGCAUUGCUGAAACAACAAAUCCAGUGGUGGCCUAAGGCCUUUUUUCACAGUACUGUGUGUCUGAGUGGUGUUAGAAACUUAAAUUACAUGUGUUCCUGAUGUAAAGUAGAAGAACAUCAAUAACAAAAGUCUGAGUCCCGGUUCUUUUUCAGUUGAUCUAAAAUAAAACCAUAAAGCCAGUCA